GCACGCUGCCAAUUCUAAAGAAGCCAUGAGUGCAUCGGAAGAUGCAAUGCCACAAUCGGUGGAAGAAGCUGGAGCUUUGUUAGGAGCAGCUAUUACUCGAUAUGGGAAAGGGAGCUUCGUUACGAACAAUCCACCAAAGGGCAUACACUCGUCGUUUGCUGUAAUGUCYCCGGUUCCUUCAUCAGAAUUAUUGGGUCUUCUUCACACGCUGCGGUCCUUGUUGCGAAGCGCGCCGAAAGAAWCSCCGUUGGUAGCUGCUCCUUCACUUUUAGCGGGGGUCUUGAUGAAAUUGUUGGGCAUUUCAAGCAGUUUGGCAGCCAAAAUUCCUUCCAAUGAUGAUCCAAGCAAACCGCGCAACGAYAUUCCUCCCAUGUUGAGCACCGCUAUUCGUCGAGUGUGGGUUGACUGCGUAGUCCUUUGUCACAGUCUAGGGGAAGGGUUAUCAGGUGCACAGAGAAUCAAUUUGUUCGGUUUUGUUCGAGAUAUGAUCAUCUUAGCAGGGCUWAAUCCAAGAACAGCAAGAGCCUUGGGUGGAACACGGAUAGCUGCUCUCGAAGUCAUUUCGGGAUUGUUGGAAGAUAAAAAGCUAUCCGUAAAGUUGGCCUCUUGGGCAUUUGACGUAGCUCAACUGUGUCAGAGAGCACUCAAAUCCAGUGGCAAUGGAGAACCGUCCUAUCGGAUUGCUGCUAUUCGAGUAGCAUGCAGCGUGGCAGUCGCAUCUCGUUCAGCAUUUAUGAAAACGCGUGAGAUCUGGGGAAGUGCGCAAUUCGURUUAAAAGGAGCRUUGGAAGACAAAGCAACUUUCGAGAUGGUCAAAGUUCUCAAGAUUGCCUCCCAAGAUAGGUAUCCAGAGGUGCGGAGUUCGGCCACUCAAUUGGCUUGUCUCCUUGGACCCAUGGCUAUCAAUUUACACAUCAAGUCAUCGUCAUCUCCUGAUGCCGAAGCCACUUCACCAACUUCCUGCUUGGAAGAAAUCAUGACUCUAGCGUUUAGGAAUUUGGAUGAUGAUAGUGCAAACGUGUCUGAGGGAUGGGCGGAGGCCCUAGCGAGAUGUAUGUCCACAUCGAUCGAGUUAAAGAAUCAAUCUGGAAGUGAUUCGAUCAGCACRCCGGAUGCUUCGACUGGAAGAGGCGCGAAGAAAGGAAUGUUGUCAGCGGAAGCAUGCAGUACGUUGCCGAAGGCUAUAAAAUAUUUGGUGAGCGUAUUCAUCAAAGUAGGAGGAGACCUAGCAGCUCCAAGGGCAGGAGGUAACUAUUCCUUGGGCGGCCGUGCUGUCAGGGUUGGUUUCGCUCGAACUAUUAUUCAUUUACUAAGACUCCAAUUGCAGAUUCAAUCAAUAGGCGAGGGCCGAAGUCUAUCUUACAGGGAAUCGAUCGUUAUCAUUCUCGCUAUGGUCGGCAAGGAUAUGGAGACGCAAUUGAAUCCGAUAGAUAGAGGAGUGCCGCCAAUUCCAUACCUAGACGCUAGUACUGUUGUCACCUCUAGGAUUUCAUCCAGCAGUGGCUCUUCGGCAUUUCCUCCAACUCAAAAGGGACGAAAUCUUUUCGGACAAGGUCCGAAGGUCUCUCAUGCUGAUGGUUGCAUUGCGCGUUUGCUCACAAAUCAAGUUCUCAGAGAUGGUUUGGCACAACAAAUGACCGAGAUUUCUCAAUUGAAAGUUCUUCAUGAGCUGGUCGAUUUGUGUUCAAACAAACAGAGCGCAUUGCAAGGCAAUCAGCUCCAAGUUAUACUGGUUGAAAUAUCCCACCUUUUUGCCACUUUGGGCGAAGCAACGGCAUCUUCUCUAGAGCAGAUACUACCAGGGCUUUUGAAAUGUCUAAGUCACUCAAAUCAUGGAGUAAGACAUGAAGCUGCCGUGACAUUUGGUUCUAUUGCGUCGGUCUUUCCAUCUGAAGGACGCAAAAUUGUUCGAGAAUGCAUCAAUAAGAUCCAAUUCGAACAUGCMGAGAUGAUGUCUACGGCGAGUACUGGAGAGCAAUCUAAUGCCACAGAAGAGAUCAACAGUCCAAGAUUUCGCUUCCGACGUGAGACACCAACGAAAAAGAAAUCAAAUGUGGAUGAAACCCUGAAGCACCAAUAUACGAUUCACGGGAUAUCUCUCGUCGUUGCCACAUUGAUUCGAGACCUUCCUGACCUUCCAGGUGGUCUUCCGACAGAGAUUUUGGAUACAGUGAUGUCUAUUUGUGAAUUUCUCAUAUCCACGUCAACGAACGAUGUCAUAAAGGRAGUUAGUCCGAGCAGUAUAUGCACGUGCAUUCGAGCAGGGUUYUGCCUUAUCGCUGCAGUACUAACUACGGGUCCGGAUGCGAUGUCCAAUCACAUUGCCUCUAUUUUUGGUUUGUGGCAAAAGGUCUGCGAGACGGCGCAAUCGAAAGACAACUUUACUGCUGAUCAUGAAAUGAUGUGUGUAGAGUCGUUGUUAACUUCGAUUGUCACUUUUCUUAAAUUUGGUUCGGAACUUCUUCUGUCUAUACCCGACGCCUUGAGCCGAACUUCAUUAAUUCUCGAGAAUCUCUUACCAUUAUUCUUCAGCAAGGGUCGGCUUGGAUCAAUCCCUGUCAAUCCUACGGCAGCUUGCCGCCUAGAUAGUGCAAAGGCUUCGAUCAUGGAAGCUUUCGCGUGGCUACCUCCGUAAGUGGAAGAAACAAUCSCUUGUAUCUCAUCGAYAGUAGAGAAGAUAACUGACGCAAAUAACUUUUCCCUCUCUAUUCCUCUUCUGGAAAGUGGAUCCUUCCCAAUGAUUGCGGACUCGGUGUUCGGUUUUGCAGCUUCCCAUAUCCAAAAAUCUAUUCAGGACGAUGUGUCAUGUUCAAUACUUCCUUCAUUGAUAAGUAAAGAAGAUAGAAUCCUUGACACCAUUUCCUUUGACAGGGCGAAGGAGUUUGGACAGGUAGGAGGCGCUCACGACCUUGGAAGAGAUAUCUUCCUUCGUACAUCAGAAGUCGCCCAUCAUGGGGAUAGAGAAUCUGCUCUUUUAUUUCUUAGAGAUCAAAAUAAAAGGGAAGGACAGAGCGACGACGCAUUCCUAGAUAGUGAGGUUCUAGGACUGCUAAAUUGUGAAAGAAAAGAGAAACCGCCCACCGUUCUUCAUGAAGUGGGCACAUGGAGAAAACCUGUUGAUCCUUCUUGUGCGACUAGRAUUCGUCUCGUUGACGCUUCAGUGCAAGCCUUUGCUUCUACAUUUGCGCUCCGUAGUGGUAAAGAACAGCAGAAGGCAAUGGACAUCCUACACUCGCUACUUCCACCUCUCCACUUCCAGAAAGGAAGAAAUGCAGGAUUAACAGAUCAGGAUCGAACUGGAAAGGUACGUGUUUGUCGGAUUGAUUCUCAAUAUUUUCAGGAUAUUACUGUUCUUAAACUUUUCAUUUUAUUUUUUGUCAGAUUAAGGAUAACCUUGCACCUGCGACAAACAUAGUUGCUGUAAUUUUGUCGUGUGUCAAAGCUCUUCCAAUUGAAGAAUCGACCCACGAUAUUGCAAUCGGACUAGGGCCGUCAUGGAAGAACAAAGCUUCUACUAUCCUUAUCUCGAUCCUUUCGUCUCGAGCGAACGACGUACGACGUGCAGCAGCGGAAGGUUUGGCGGUUUUGAGCACUCUUGGUAUCAAAGAGGACAUGCGUUUUUUGCAGAGUGCCGUUUUGCAUUCUCUAGAUGAAGUCAUAUCAAGAAACCCAAGUCAGGGACAAGGUCGAAACGCGCUACAGGACAAUYACCAGAAUGGUCGAUCUGGUGGCCUGCUAACAUUGGCUUGUAUUCAGCGAAGCACGCAUCGCAUAACGGAAAGCCGUGCAAGUCGGUCUCGACUUCGGGGAUCGCCUGCAAAGUCUAAMCAUGAAAACGAGGACUCUUURCAAACGAUUCAAAUUAUGACAAGAGUACUUCCCUACGUUGGUKGUCGACUAUCGUCUGGGAUUUCAUUAAAUGCUCGUKCAUCUG